CAAAAUAUAAUCUUUUUUUUUGUUUUCCUUGGUUCAGCUUGGGAGUGGAGAUUCAGCACCGCGUGCCGGGGUUUCUUGUUGUGAGAGAAAAACCUUUAUUCUCUGUUUUGGGAACAUCUGGGGUCUCAAUUUAGUGGAAGUUAAAUUUUGAAACUUUGGACGAAGAUGGCGAAUUGGGUCCAAAAGAAGAUCACUGAUCCCCUUCUUUCCAUUAUCCGAAGAGGAGCUGAACCAAACCACUUGGCUUUCUCUGCUGCUCUUGGUGUUACAUUGGGACUAUUUCCUAUAUGUGGUGUCACUGUGUUCCUCUGUGGAAUGGCUAUUGCAUUGCUUGGAUCAUUUUGCCAUGCUCCAACUGUGAUGCUUGCAAACUUUAUUGCUACUCCAAUAGAGUUGAGUCUGGUUGUACCCUUUCUACGCUUUGGUGAGGUUAUCUCUGGUGGAUCUCAUUUCCCUUUAACAUCUGAUGCUUUAAAGAAAGUUCUUACUGGCCAAGCUUCACGUGAAGUCUUAUUAAGUGUUGCCCAUGCGUUAUUAGGGUGGCUGGUUGCAUCACCAUUUAUUUUGGGAACUCUAUACAUAGUUCUUUUACCAUGCUUCAAAAUUCUAGUUCAUAAAUUCUCAAGUGUUCCUUUAAGUCCAAAGAAGCCGCUCAAUCCACACUCAGAAGUAAAGCUGAAGGUAAGGGAUGUUUGACAAAGUAGCAACGAGAUCAUAGUGUCAAAAUCUGCUUUGUCACAGUGAUCAGUCAUUGAUUCAUGUUCUUGUGUGACACAAAUUGUACAUAAUUAACAAAAACUUGUCACUGUUUAUAUUGCUGAGAUUGAUGUAUCCUAUUUGUAAACUAUGUAUUUGUAAAGCAUGCCAUGAGUAUGUGAUGUGAUGUUAUUACCAAAAAUAGUAUAUUGUUAUUGGCCAUGGGACAUUUGAAGAUCAUAAGGAACAUGGAGAUCAAAAUUUUCAAAUAGGCUAAAUUAAAAGUGCCAAUAAUGCAGCCGAUAUUUUGUUGCUUUCA